CUUAAAGCAAUGCAUGCAAGCUAAUUUUUAACAAUGUUGCUUUUAUAACAUUCACGGUGAUGAUCAUCCGUUGGAAAUUCGCAUGAGCUGUUCAUCAUCAUCAUCCUUGUCCUUCUUCAACUGACCACACACUGCAUCUCUGUUUGUCGACGUCAAUUUAGUUAAAAAGGAGAAAAAAGCAAAAAUCACAAGGAAGGAAGGAAAAUUUCGUCGACAGUGGAUUUUUAAAAUAUCACUUUUUCAUUUUUCUAAGUACACUAUUUGCCUUUAUUUCAAACGCCUACAACAAGUGAUAUAUUAUUAUUAUUAUACAUCAUGGAAAAGACUAUGAGUACAGCAUAAAAAAAAUUUAUCUCUGUCUACAAAAUCUGUUGAAAAGCUGCAAAAAUCAAACGAACAGGCGAACAGACGAACAGACGAAUUAUUGAAUCAUGUCGACAGUAUCUGCAUGUCCAAGCAAGUUAAUACAUGAACCGAAUGGAAAUUUGACCAAAUCAACUAUUGAAACCUUUAGUCUUCAUCAUAAUAUUCACAAUAAUAAUAAUAGUAAUCAUAAUAAUAAUAAUAAUUCCAUAUAUCCAAUGAGUCAUCUAACUGCAGCGAAUUCAUCUUCAUACACCAAUGAUACCCCUAUUGAACAUCAACGUCGACGUAAUACAUCUCUGCCUGCACCACAUUUAUUGUUACAAUCGAAAUCAGAUUAUAAUCGAACAUCAAGCAUGCUGGAUACGCAUAGCAGUCACAAUACUAAUAGUAAUAAUAAUAGUAGUAGUAAUAAUAACAAUAAUAACAGUAAUCGGGAGAAUACCACUUACUGUCCAUCAAACGGUUUAAAUUAUGCAAAUAAUAACCCGGAGGCUGUGAAUUUAAAUCAUCGUGAACAAUCACUGAAUCUGAAAUCGACAUCCUUUAUCAAUACGACUACUGUGAGUAUAACUAGUAGUAGCAGUGGUGGGAGUAGUGCUGACACGAUAACGCAUAACUAUCAUAACGGUACACGAAGUAACUACAAUAAUUAUCCUUCACGAGGUAACCUAAUGACAUCACAAUACGAUAAUAUCACGGAUGCAAUACCCUACAAUAAUGAUUAUAUGGCUUAUUCAAAUAUGUCAGAAAAUGAAUUUGGACAUUGGAAUGGUGGUGGUAAUUCACUGACGGAUGACUUAAAAAUCCCUCCUAGGAGUGGAUUUCGUCCGCAUGUACUGGAUGAUGCUCAACAGUUAUCUUCAUGUGGAGAUGCUUUCGCAGUACUCUCGCCUCCAAAUGGUAAUAUGUCAGAUUUUCAGGGAAUGAAUCGUUGUCCACCUUCAUGUCCAACACCAAGACAUGAGGAACACUCAGGGAAUCAAUCGAGUGGUAGUACACAGCAUAUAACCACCGUUGGUGGUGGUGGUGUAAGUCAUACACAACACCAUCCAGCGUAUCAAUCGAAUGGUUAUUGUAAUCUUGGUGAAAGAAUCUAUGAAAAUCCAUCGAAUAGUCCAACAAAUUUAAAUUGUGCACAAAAUCUUAUUCAUUCAAGAAUUAAUUGUGAUAUAAAGAAUACUACAGCAUUGUCGACUAAUCGAAGUGCUCAACGAAGUGCUUCAACGCCAACUAGACUGUUGGUUGUCUCUACAGCAAGUCCUGUGACUAGUACAAUCACCAUGACACCGGAUUCGUCUACAAUUGGAUUCGCUGGGAAUAAAUUCACAUGUUCAUCAGAUGAUGGUGAAGCAUCGCCUACACCCACGUGUAGUAGUGGAUGUCCACAAACACCAGGCAGGACAAGGAAACCUGCUCCUACGUUGGCUACUGGAAGAAGAAAUUUAAAAGGAGAAUUAGUUGAUCCCGACGAAGCUGAUCGUCGAAUGAAACGACGUGAACGUAAUCGUAAAUCAGCGCAAAAAUGUCGUGAACGUAAAGUCCAACGUACACAAGAAUUACAAUCCCAGGUGGAAUGUUUACAACUAGAAGCUAGUCGUUUAAUGCAAGAGUUGGACAGCUGGAGAUCAAGAGCCCGCCAGUGUGUUGCCUUACUACAACAUCAUUGUCCUGGUGUUGCUAUACCCUAUUUAUCAUGUUUAAAUGAAACCGUAAUCCCAGCAUGUAUGAACACGUUUAAAGAACCAAUGGACAGUUUAACUGAACUCAUCACAUCCGAUAAACAAAUGGAUUGUUGUGAUGAUACUGAACACUAUAGCUGGAAAAUGAAACCAUCUGGGAAAACAACAUACACGAUAAAUGAAACUGUUGCUGUUGGCAGUGCCUUCAUGACAACGCAUGAAUCGUCGAAUCAACUACUUCCACCGAUGGAUUUAUUACAUUCCCAUGCAACACCGAAUAGAUCAAAAUCUUUGUUCACUGUGUUCUCAUCAAACAAUAAUAAUAAUAAUAAUAAUAAUAAUAAUAAUAAUUCUACUAAAGAUAAUGACAACCAGAUAUUUACAACAACACAACAGAACACAACAAUAGAAUCCAGUCAGCUAUCAAUUCUUAAACAGGACAAUAAUCAUGAUAUCUCAGGGUCUUUGCUAAUUCCAAUGUCAAGAAGUACUUCACAGGUAUCUAUUCGAGGUCCAGCCUCAGGUUCAUCAUCAUCAUCAUGCUCGACUUAUGAAUUAUCAUUCCCUUCAUUAGACAAUCAUCAUUCUCAUUGUUUGAAUGAGACCAGUAGUCCAUUUAAAGACUACUCGACAACAGCAUCAUCGUCAUCCUCUUCAUCACAAACUGCCAAUCAAGUUUCAAUGAUCAAUUCCAGGGGUGGUAGAUCACGUGUAUUAAGCGGACAAGAGCUAUUGGACAAUCAGUCAUUAGUGGUUAUGUCAAACAAAUCAAUUUCACUUGCCAAUAACAAUCAACAGCAACACAAACAACAAACAUGGAGUCUGGACUAUCAUGAAACAUCCGGAAAGAAUCCUUCUUCAAUGGAGUGUUGCAGUCCAUUAUCACCGCUGAACAACAACAACAACACUGCAAUGACGAGUCAACAAUUACAAACCAGUAAAGAUUAUCCUAUGAAAAUGGAUUCAGAGUGUUACGACCAGUGUAAUAAUUCACAAAGGUUGAAUAAAGCAUAA